AUGCGAACGGAAUGGAAUCGAUUCUACGUAUUCACAUGUAAAAGUCACAUCUACGAACUGACCGAGGCCGAACCAACAAUGGCUUUUUUUGGGUCAUAUCUACACAAGUUGUAUCUACGAGAUGAGGAGCCCAUUUGUCUUAGCGUAAAGGACUGCUUUAGUUGUGAUGUUCUGAUUAAUGUCAUCAGCUAUUGUACAAAUGAGAAAAAUUCGAGUUGUGAAAUAGCACCGUUUAUGAUCAAUGGAACGAAUAUUACCCUGUCGCGUUGUGAGAAAACUUUCGAUUCUUUGAUGAAUCUGACUUCUUAUGAGUGUUAUUAUGAACUCAGUGGUCAGAUCAUAAUAAAUUUGAUCGAUGGAGUUGAUUACACAAGAAGCUCCAUUUCAUUCAGAGCCUUUAAAUGGAUGGAAGAUUCUGUUGACUUCAAAUUGAUUACAAUGAGUCGUGAUGACAAAGUGGGAAACAUUCGAAUGAAAUUUGAUAGAUUUGACUAUCCAAUUUGGCUUUUAUUAUCCGUUGGUGAAGCUGAUUGGAUCAAAUACUUGCGGAAAGUUCGAUGGGAUCAUCACGAUAAAGAUUGUGAAUAUUUGCUUAUUGAAGGUUCUCCACCGGGAAAAGUGAAAGAUCUAAGUCGAGAAUUGGCGAUUUUUAGAGAUCAAGAUUUAUUUUUUCCACAGUUUUUGCUCUCAAGAAUGUACUCGUUGCUCAUUCCACCGAAUUGCUCUCCAACAAUUGUGAUGAGCUCAGAGCCGAUAGAGUUCGGCAAAAGAAUUCCUGAACAAGAAUUGUGUGCGGGAACUGCAUUAAUCAUCACUCCAUACUAUCACAAAGAAACGAAAGACGAGAUUGUUUUAGAUUUCAUUAUGUACAACUUUUAUUGCUAUCGAUUUCUAAUCAAUGUGAUUAUUGAAGUGAUCGAAGUUGAGUCUGGAGUGGUUACGGUUGAAUUUCGAGAUUAUUUCAACAAAACGCGGAGCAAUGAAACG